AUGGCCGUCUGCGUCACCCUUCUCUCCGGCGGCCUGUGCAUCUUUCUCCCCCGGAUCUUUGCCGCCUCUACCCUGACUGGCAGCCCCUCAUACGUCAACGCCUCAUCGGUAAGGAAGCAAGCAAGCAAACCUGCCAUACGACACCGCCCAAAGGCCACGACAAAUCCCUCCCUGUGGCGACCGUGUAUGUGCAGGUCCGCCGCGCUUUGCGGUCUCACCCCGUUGCCGAGCAGCAGUAUGACGCCAAGGACGGAUCCCUCGGCCUCCAUUCGGGUCGCAACCUCCCCUCUGAGGAAAGCUCUCUCGGCGCUGUCCGUCUGGAUUACCGUCGGUACCAGUCUCUGAGGAGGCGCACUGAACGACGCGACGAGCCGUCUGCCUCAUAUGAGACCGGCCAUGACAAGACCGAAACAACGAUUUUGGUGUGGAGCGUGUGGAGCGCGAUUCUGGUGGUUUUCUGUCUCUGCGCCUGGUGGUUUUGGAAGAAGUCUCGUUCAAUGGUCGCUAACGCCCACCGAGAGCAAAACCGAAUGCAGCAGCCACCAGUAAGACCAGCAGCAGCAGCAGCAGCAGAGCCGUCGGCAGCACCCGCAUCCCCCGUCGCAUCUCAGCCGGAGAGGGAACCACCGGCUGCGUUUUCGCGACAGGGAUCACUUGUCCGCAGCCUAUCUACGGCAACUGGAGAGCCCGAGCACGAGCCUCCCCGUGAUGUGGCGAGUACUGUCGGCAGUCGUCCGCACACGCCAACAGGGAAUGUGAGAAUGAAUUCCAUUCGUGUGUGAGUGGGCAGUGUGUGGCGGUGGGCGGGGUUUUGAUGUGCACACGUGUACAGUGCAUGCAUGUAAUUUGUGGGUGCAAUCGGCUUUGUGUUGUAAUCUGCUCUCUCUCUCUGCUUUCUGUCGUGUGGGUGCCUAAAUGUACAUCACACGUACUGUACGUCCACGCGCAGAUGGCUGCCGCCUUUUUGUGCAUAGCCUCGUGCAUGGUGCGGCAGUGGUGUGCUGUGCUGUGCUGUGCUGUGGCGUGGCGGGACGGGUGUCUUACUAAGGAUGGAUUGUACCUCUGUGUGUACCUACGGACGUAUACAACCCGGACCAGACGGGAGAUGUCUAUUGACACACCGCGACCGACGCUUUAUCCAUCAAUGCAUCAAUUAGUG